CUGCUAGUCGCCUCGCUUGCUGCCCUCGGCCUUGCUUGCGCAUUUGCGCAUCCGACUGCCAGCGGCAACAACGUCGUCCGCCGUCGCAAGACGCUCGGUUUCGGACCAGUACUCCCACAUUCCGUCUACCGCAUGGAACCUCGCUACUCGCUCUCCAGCCUCCUCGGUGAGGCUACCGACCCAUACGACGUGGUCCAGCGCUUCGUCGAGGACCUCACCCGCGAUACUGCUGCGGCCAGCUCCUUCGUCAUCCGCAAGGACUCGUACACUGACAAGAACACCGGUAUCUCC